ACACAUACCACAACAAUAACCCAUACAACCCCUUAGACUCAAAGCCAACUUAGAGAGCAAGUGAGAAAGAGGAGAGAGAGGCAGAGAGAAGUUACAGAGAGAGAGAUGGCCUCCACUGCUUGCUUCCUCCACCACCACGUGCCGUCUGCCGCCCACGCGCUGUUGCAGCGCGCAGGGCAGAGCGCCAGGCCGGCCCAGCUGGUCUGCAGAGCUCAGAAGCAGCAGGCGGGGGUUGAGGGCGAGAACGAGGCCGCAAUCUCUCGCCGCCUCGCUCUCACCAUCCUCCUCGGAUCCGCCGCCCUCGGCACAAAGGUGUCGCCGGCCGAUGCAGCCUACGGAGAAGCUGCAAACGUCUUCGGGAAGCCGAAGACGAACACGGACUUCUUGCCGUACAAUGGGGAUGGGUUCAAGCUGUUGAUCCCGUCGAAGUGGAACCCGAGCAAGGAGGUGGAGUACCCGGGACAGGUGCUGAGGUACGAGGACAACUUCGACACCACCAGCAAUGUCGCCGUCAUGGUUACCCCCACCGACAAGAAGUCCAUUACCGACUACGGCUCCCCCGAGGAGUUCCUCUCAAAAGUUGAUUACUUGCUAGGAAAACAAGCUUACUCUGGGAAAACAGAUGCUGAGGGUGGAUUCGACCCCGACGCGGUAGCAACAGCGAACAUACUAGAAACCUCGACCCCGGUGGUGGGCGGGAAGCAAUACUACUUCCUCUCGGUCCUGACAAGGACGGCCGACGGGGACGAGGGCGGGAAGCACCAGCUCAUCACAGCAACGGUUUCUGAUGGGAAGCUCUACAUAUGCAAAGCACAAGCCGGCGACAAGAGAUGGUUCAAGGGAGCCAGGAAAUUUGUCGAGAGCACGGCCAAUUCCUUCAAUGUCGCAUGAGAUUGACCAAAAAAAGAAAAGAAAUAGAGAGGAGGUGAAUGAAGAAGCCUCUCUGUUUGCAAAUAAGCGAAUUCAACAAGAGCUAUUGAAAGUCUCUGGCAUUAGACCUUGUAAUUUGUUCAAACCUUAGAAUUAUAUUCAUUUUGUAUCUCUUCUAUGCUUAUUUAACAAUCCAAAAAAACAAAAGAUAAACAAAAAAAGAUCAAUACCUUUGGAUGUGGUGUGAAA